AUGGCUUCCGGGCACAACUCAGCGUUCUCCGCAUCCACCCAUCAUCGCCCGUUGGGUGAUGGUCGUUCUUCAUUCAGCCACGAUGGCGGUUCGGUGGAUGGGAGCUGGAAUGAUAGUGUGCCUAGGUCGGGACGAAAUGGGCGAUCGGGAUCCGGUGGCAGUGCCACCGCCAGCACACGAGCAGGCACUUCACUGGCCCCGUCCUUUGGCGGCCCAGGGAGCUUCAGUGCGGAAUUAAAGAGCAUGAAUUCGCGGAGCAUCACACCCCGCCCUGAUGGCACGUAUACGCGACGAGCAAGCCGAUCGAUUGGCGAAGACGAUUUUCCGACCACCGAAGAACGGCAGGCUGUCAUUCGAGACAAGAUCGCGAAGGAAAUGAAGAUUAAGUCAGGGACGGAGAAUAUGUUGGAGGCCCUUCUCACCAAGCCACCGAAGCAAAUCAAGGAACAACGUCUGAGGGUUGAAUCGGAGCUAAGCACUUCCAACCGCAAACUGGUGGAGUUACAACGUGAACUGGAAGAGGAGCUGCUACGUGCCCAGGCACCAUCCACAACUCCCCCGCGUAGUCGCCUUUCGAGCCUCUUCCGUGGGAGUCCUAUGCGCUCUCCUUCGCGGAAUAACAACAUCGUUGCUGAAUCGUUGAAUGAGGAUGAGCAAGAGAACGAGGAAGGCGAUAUGGAGUCACCGACAUAUGUCCUCACCGAAACACUUCAAGCCCUUGAAAUUGAGGGCAUGUCACCAGAUUUUUAUGUUGAACGCGCCAACAGUCUGGUUGAGCUGUUCAAACGAUAUCCGACCCUCAAGUAUGACCUUGCAUGGCCGGUGUUUGGUUUGCGCGUCCAGGUCAUGCUCCUUAGCGACAGCAAAGAAGUCGUCGCUGCUGGCUACAGAUUAACUCGUUAUGCCAUCGCAGACCGAAAAUCUCUCCAGACAAUUCGAGCAUUACAUACUGAUGAACUCGUCAUCUUGUCGCUUGUCAAGGAGAGCAAAGCUAGCAUUGAACGAGAGCAGGCUCUGAAGUUCGUGAGAGCUUUCCUCGACGUUAAGGACGGCGUGAAAGAGAUAUCUCGCGCCAUUGUGCGUACAAUCGUCUCGGUUGCCGAACACCAUGAGGAUCGCCUAAGGAAUAUUUCCAUUAUGACUCUGGCAGAGAUGUUGGUUAAGGACCCUCAGCUCGUGGCUUCCGCAGGUGGAUUUGCCGCCCUGCACGAUGCUCUAGCCGAAGGUACGUUUGGUGCAUCGGAAAGCUUGAUUUCGAGCUUCUUGCAUGUCCUGGAUACUCCACACAGUCGGAAAUAUCUCCAGGGAUGUGAGUUGGAGGCUGUGUUGGCCCCCUUCACGGAUUCAUUAGCCGACUCAUUGCGUAACGGUCGAUUAAAGUCUGCUGCUCGAGCAAUCUCUGCUAUGCUCAAGACUUGGCCCGGCCUAGUGAUACUCACAAGACAUGGGGCGAAACCACUACAGUCUCUUUUGGAGUCACUUCACUACCCUGACCCUCAAGCUAGAGAUCUUAUCAUGGAGCUGCUAUUUGAUGCUCUCCGAAUAAAGCCCCCAUCCUGGUCAUCUUCCUUCCUUGCAGGGAGAAGGCUUACAACCUACGGCAGAGUCUCAAACCUGCGAUCUGACACUGACUCAAAACGCACCUCCGGAUUUUCUGAUAGUGGUAGCAAUAAGUUUGAUCUUACAGCGCAUUUCUCCACCCUCAUCCUGGCAGCAUUGAUUGCAGCUGGUCUCCCAAAGGCACUCUCUGAGCUGAUUGAGGAUGAACCCGACCUCUCUCUCCGACGAAAAGCAACACUCCUCUUAACCGAAGUUCUCAAAUUGGCCCAUCAUUCGUUACCAGCCACCGUUAGUUCAGACCUACAGGUUCUCGCACAUCUUCUGCCUCCCGCUAUUGAAUUCGACACCGAGAACCAUGACGUCUCCACCUCGACAAUAUUCCAAAUCGAGAGUAUCAAUCGUACGCUGGCACGCUCUGGCGGGUUUACCGGUGGGGCUGGACGCUAUAACAUGGAUGCAGACUUGUCAGCCUCUUUGCUGCCCAGUGACCAAGGGAAAGAUAAACUGAGCCCUAAUAUGGACGAACAAACGUUUCGCAAUGCUAUUUUGGAGACCCACGUGCUAAACACGGUCAAUUUCAACAAAUGGAAAUGGGAUCUCAUCCACCGCCUUGUUGAAGGCCCUCUUACUAACCCAAAGAGAGUGGACGAAGCGAUCAAAGGGUCCAAAUUCAUGAAACGACUCAUUGGAUUUUACCGACCCUUCAAAUAUAGAUUCUCGAUGGUUCCAAACUCAAAGCCAAAUUACCGAUAUGUCAGAACCGGCUGCGCCUUAAUGCGAACCCUUGUCCAAACAGCCGAAGGCACCAAGUAUCUAGCCGAGAACAAGUUUCUGCGGCAAGUUGCUGAAUGCUUGGCGCAGUUAGAUCGUAUGAGUGGAUUGACUUCGGCAUCACCGCUUUUCUCGCGUGAACAGAUGUCUAAUACCAUGAGUGGCGGCUACUUUGCGAUGCUGGGGACGUUGAGUGCGGAUGCCAAUGGCCUUCUCAUGAUGGAAAGAUGGCACAUGUUGAACAUGUUCUAUCACAUCAUCGAAUUACAAGAUCGGAAUGACUUGAUUCAGACCCUACUAGGGAACAUGGAUUACAGUCGCGAAAGCCACUUGCGCGUCAUGCUUUCAAAGGCACUUACUAUCGGCUCCAAAGAAAUUCGGAUUUUUGCCACCAAGCUCCUUCGCAAAUAUGCCGUCGGAGAUGUCACCUUGUCUCCACAUGUGGCCAUUGGCAACGCGGAAUGGGUUGUCAAGCUUCUUGUGACUCAAUUAUAUGACCCCGAUGUCAUGGUUUGUCAAAUUGCCGUGAAAAUCCUUGAGGAGGCAUGCAACCAGCGUGACUACCUUGAAUUUGUAGUCAAAUGCCGGCCUUCCCUCGAUCACCUCGGCGAAAUUGGCGCACCGCUACUUCUUCGCUUUCUUUCAACGUCCGUUGGCUACCAUUACCUGGAUGGCUUGGAUUAUAUCACGCAGGAAAUGGACGAUUGGUUCCUUGGGAGGAAUGAUUCGUACGUGGGUCUUGUGGAAGCGGCACUUUCCCGAGCUUAUGUCGACCAACCUCGACGUAACAGCUUCGCCCCCGAAGACUUGGUCGAUUUGCAAGAUAUUGGAGUUGUUCCACCUCACUUCUACCGGGAACUUGCUCGUACCGCCGAGGGAUGCAAGUUGCUGGAGCAGUCGGGUCAUUUCAAUGAAUUUGCCUGGACUAUUCGCGAUUUUCGGUUAGAAGAAGAAGAUACCGAGGUUCUUCUGAAAGUGAAAGGUUGUCUGUGGGCCGUAGGUAACGUUGGGUCAAUGGAACUCGGCGCACCAUUCCUGGAACAAGAUAUUGUACAGCGCAUUGUUACAAUUGCCGAGAGCGCAGGCGUGUUGACUAUGCGUGGUACCGCCUUUUUCGUUCUUGGGUUGAUUUCCCGAAGCAGGCAAGGCUUAAAAGUAUUGCAACAGUUGGGUUGGGAUUCGGCCAUUGAUCAGAAUGGCGAGUCACUGGGCCUUUGUCUCCCCGCUGAUUUCCGCAAGCUGUUCUUGGUUUCCUUCCCCGGCUAUGAUACCAAGGCGAAACGUACUCCGCAGGACAAACUCAAGGAAGCGACCACAGAUUCCGACCCUGUGAACCAGAAGAUUUUAAAGCUGAUCGUUGAUAUGGGAAAUACUGUCCUAUCUAAACGAUCUGCUUCAGAUUUGCACAGUAUCAAGUCCAAACAACCUGAACGAUUUCACCAAGUACAUCUGUUUCGCAAAGCCUUGUGCAUUCUUGAAAGCCACCAUUUCCGCCUACCAGCCCGACGCUUUACUUUAGAUCUCUUUGACAAGAGCGUCAUGCGACGCAUUGUCUUCGAAGACGAAUCGUCCGGAUCAGAAUCGGACUCGUCUACCUAG